CUUAAGAAAAGUAAACGACAGUGAUCAUUUUGCCACACAGAGUACUCCAUAUACUAAAAUCCACGAACAGCGGGUUUUAAUUUAGUUAAUUGCGGGAUCCAACGAACCGUAUACCCACCUAUAUAUACACAAAUGUUCUAUACGUAACUUGUAGUACUACUAAACUGAAGAAGAUUAUCGUUUUAGUUUGAUGUGUGCGUGUCAUUUCUUCAUCAAUGGCGUCUUUCACGAGUUUACUCGGUGGAUGCAUUUCUGAAGAAGCACGUGAUUUCGUUUCACCAAAUGGUCAACGGACUAUACUUGAUUUGUUAAAUUUAGUUUUUGUGAUUUUUUUCUAUUUGAUUUUGUUAGUUUUUUUCUUAAGAAAAAUUGGAGUCAGUGAGAAUAAGUUUAGGAGAAGUGACCGUUUUCCGGUUGCAGUUGCAUUUUGUUGUUUUCUUACUGCCUGUGCUUACUUUGGUGAUUGUUUAUGGGAGGUGGUAGGUAGAACUAGAAGCUUUAGUUGUUUUGAUUGGAUGAGGGAUGCUUGUAGAGUACUAGUAUGGGUGACUUUGACCGUUUCACUGCUUGUUGAAAGAUGGAAGUUGAUUAGGAUUUUCGUUUCCAUGUGGUGGAUUUUAGUGUUUGUGUGUAUCACUACGAUAGGGAUCGAAAAUUUAGUAGAGAAGCAUGGGGUUUUAGUUUUGGAGUCCAUGGAAUGGCUUGUAAGCUUCUUGCUAUUGUUUUGUGCGCUGAGAAAUGGCAAAGAGUUUGUUGGCCAACGGGGGAAGGAGACCUUAUUAGAUCCUUUAUUGGAUAACGGAGUAAAUGAAGGGAGCACAAGUCAAGUAGAAGAGCCUAGUUUUUCUAGCAAGUUAGUGUUUUCUUGGGUAAAUCCUUUGAUUUCGCUAGGGUAUAGAAAGCCACUAGUACUUGAAGAUAUUCCCUUUCUAGCACCAAAAGAUCAAGCUCUUGUCGCGUAUAAACGAUUUAAGGUAGCAUGGGACUCACUUCAAAGGGAGAAGAACGGCACAAAUAAUGUUAACCUGGUAGGCAGGGCAUUACAAAGGGUUUAUGGUAAGGAAAUGGCAGUGGUAGGCAUUUAUGCCUUUCUUAGGACUACUGCCGUCAUAGUUGGUCCACUGUUACUCUAUGCGUUUGUUAACUAUUCCAAUAGCGAGAGAGAAAAUUUUCAAUAUGGACUACUAUUGGUAGGAUGCUUGAUUGUUGUCAAGGUAGUUGAGUCGUUGUCUCAAAGGCAUUUUUACUUUGAUGCAAAGAGAUUAGGUAUGAGGAUGAGAUCGGCCUUAAUGGUGGCAGUAUAUAAGAAACAACUCAAACUUUCUAGUUUUGGGAGAAGAAGACAUUCCACAGGGGAGAUUGUGAACUAUAUCGCUGUCGAUGCUUACAGAAUGGGUGAAUUCCCUAUGUGGGUUCAUGUAGCUUGGACUUCUUUCGUUCAGCUUUUUCUAGCCAUUGGUGUUCUGUUCUCUGUAGUAGGAGUUGGUGUUCUCCCAGGUUUAGUCCCUCUGAUCUUGUGUGGGCUUCUGAACGUGCCAUUCGCAAUAGCACUUCAGAAAUGUCAGUUACAGUUUAUGAUUUCCCAAGAUAAGAGACUGAGGUCCACUUCUGAGAUCCUAAACAAUAUGAAGAUCAUCAAGUUACAGUCAUGGGAAGACAAAUUUAAGAAUUUCAUCCACUCUUGUAGAGACAACGAAUUCAAAUGGCUUAAGGAAUCUCAGUAUCAAAAGGCUUAUGGCUCCGUUUUGUAUUGGAUGUCACCUACAAUCAUCUCUUCAGUUGUCCUUUUGGGAUGUGCGUUUUUCAAUAGCGCUCCUCUGAAUGCAGCCACAAUUUUCACAAUUUUGGCAACCUUACGAACAAUGUCUGAGCCGGUCAAAUACUUUCCCCAGGCUCUUUCAAUUUUAAUCCAGACUAAAGUGUCCUUUGAUAGGAUCAAUUCAUUUCUGGUAGAGAAUGAACUUAAAAAUGACGGGAUGUUAGAAAAUCAAGAACCAAGACAUUCUAGUAGCUGUAUUAGAAUACAAGAUGGCAACUUCAGUUGGGAUCCUGAAUCGCCUCUUCCGUCGCUCGAAGGCAUAAACAUAGAAGUUAUUAGAGGACAAAAAGUUGUUGUUUGUGGGCCAGUUGGUGCUGGAAAAUCAUCACUAUUGUACGCUAUACUCGGAGAAAUAACCAGAACUUCAGGAACUGUGAAUAUUUCUGGAUCAGUUGCUUAUGUUAGUCAAGCUUCCUGGAUUCAAAGUGGGACAAUUCGGGAUAACAUACUCUACGGGAAGCCAAUGGACGCAAUUAAAUAUGAGAAUGCCAUAAAGUCAUGUGCUUUGGACAAGGAUCUUAAUGAUUUUAACUAUGGUGAUCUAACAGAAAUAGGUCAAAGGGGACUUAAUAUGAGUGGUGGUCAAAAGCAGAGGAUUCAACUUGCCAGAGCAGUCUACAAUGAUGCUGACAUAUAUCUUCUUGAUGACCCUUUUAGUGCUGUAGAUGCACAUACAGCAGCAACUCUCUUUAAUGAUUGUGUUAUGACCGCUUUAGGGGACAAGACCGUCAUUCUCGUCACACAUCAAGUGGAGUUUCUUUCAGAGGUUGACAAUAUUCUGGUGAUGGAAGAUGGUCAAAUUACUCAAUCAGGAAGGUACAAGGAUCUGAUGACACCCGGUACAGCUUUUGAGCAGCUUGUGAAUGCUCACCAAAAUGUGAUAUCUGAUUUGGAGUCUUCAUCUUUUGACAACAAUAACAGUCGCAAAAAAGUAACAGAUAGUUUGAACCACAGAAAUGAAAUCAAUGAGGAGAUAUCGAAGACAUCGAUACAGUUGACCGAAGAAGAAGAGAAGCCUAUUGGUGAUUUUGGGUGGAAGCCUUUUUUUGAUUACGUUGUUAUCUCACAAGGUGGAUGGUACUUUUGCUCAAGCCUUCUGACUCAGAUUGGUUUUUCUGCUCUUCAGGCUGCAGCUAGUUAUUGGCUAGCUUUUGCAGUUAAAAUUCCUGAUAUUUCCAGUGUCAUGUUAAUUGGUGUUUACGCAUUAAUUUCAACCACAAGUGCAGUUUUUGUUUUUAUGAGAUCUUUUUCCACUACCCUUUUGGGAUUAAAAGCCUCUAAAGCCUUCUUCUCAAAGUUCACCGAGUCGAUUUUUGGUGCACCUAUGAUGUUCUUCGACUCUACACCAGUUGGACGGAUUCUAACACGUGCUUCAACAGAUUUAAGUGUAUUGGAUUUUGACAUACCCUUCUCGUUUACUUUUGUGGUGACUUCCGGUAUUGAAUUACUCACUACAAUUGCCGUUAUGGCAUCAGUCACAUGGGAAGUCCUUAUCGUAGGCAUCUUUGCUAUAAUAGCUACAAAAUAUUUCCAGGGAUAUUAUCAACCAUCUGCAAGGGAACUUAUUAGAAUCAAUGGGACGACAAAAGCACCUGUGGUAAAUUAUGCAUCCGAAACCUCUCUUGGAGUGGCUACAAUUAGGGCAUUUAAAAAGGAGGACAGGUUCUUCAAAAAUUACUUAAAACUAGUAGAUAUUGAUGCUCGUGCUUUCAUUUUUACAAAUGCGACAUUGGAGUGGUUGGUUUUGAGAGCAGAAGCGCUUCAAAACUUGACAUUAUUCACCACUGCUUUUUUCCUGGUUUCACUUCCAAAGCGUUAUAUUCCUCCUGGGUUAGUUGGGCUUUCACUUUCAUACGCACUGUCACUGACAAAUGCUCAUGUGUUCUUGACACGUUGGUAUUGUAGCCUAUCCAAUUACAUCAUUUCAGUAGAAAGAAUCAAACAAUAUAUGCACAUUCCACCCGAGCCUCCAGCAAUUGUGGAAAACAACAGGCCGCCAACUACUUGGCCUUCAAAUGGUAGGAUUGACCUCCAGGAUGUCAAGAUUAGGUAUCGUCCAAAUGCUCCACUAGUUCUUAAAGGAAUCACAUGCACAUUUAAAGAAGGCACCCGUGUAGGGAUUGUUGGAAGGACAGGAAGUGGGAAAACUACGCUUAUAACUGCACUCUUUCGUUUGGUUGAACCUGAUAGCGGAAAAAUUCAUGUAGACGGUGUGGACAUUUGUUCCAUAGGCCUGAAGGACCUGAGAAUGAAAUUAAGUGUCAUUCCCCAAGAGCCGACCCUUUUUAAGGGUAGUAUACGAACAAACUUGGAUCCUCUAGGACUUCACUCGGAUGAUGAAAUAUGGAAGGCAUUGGAGAAAUGCCAGCUUAAGAAUACCAUCAGCAGUCUCCUAAACGGUUUAGACUAUUCAGUGAGUGAUGAAGGGGAGAAUUGGAGUAUGGGUCAACGGCAGCUCUUCUGUCUCGGAAGAGUGUUACUCAGGCGAAAUAAGAUUCUAGUCCUGGAUGAAGCAACUGCAUCUAUUGAUUCAGACACAGAUGCCACUGUACAGAGGAUUAUAAGGCAAGAAUUUUCAAACUGCACCGUUGUAACAGUGGCUCACAGAAUUCCAACCGUCAUAGAUAGUGACAUGGUUAUGGUCCUCUCUUCGGGGAAAAUGAUGGAAUAUGAUGAGCCCUCCAAGUUAAUGGAAUCGGAUUCCUAUUUCUCAAAGCUUGUUAACGAGUACUGGUCCGGCUGCAGGAGUGGCUCUGCUCCAAAAUAAAAAGGUCCUAAGUGGCUAAGGUUCCAGAAUGGGUACAGCUCACUGGUAAUUUCCUCUCAAGGUAACAGUUAAAGUUGGUCCAAAAAACUAAAAAGCAAAGGUAAAUAAUAGUAUCAUUUUUGUGCAUAUACACAUGUAUGUAUGUGUAUAUAUAUAUAGAUACCUCAUUUAAUGAUUCUUUCAAAAUAUUGAGCUAUUGUAUUACAUGAAAAUAAUGCAAAUAAUGUUCUUUGUUCCAAGUUACAAUUUCAAGGGGUCUAGUUUGUUAUA